AAAGUAGAUCUGCCGAUGAAUUGCAUCCCAGGUAAAAUCCUGUUCCGGAGGAGUCAUAUUCGAGACGUAGCUGUGAAGAGACUGAAGCCCAUUGAUGAAUAUUGCAGGGCACUCGUCAGGCUUCCUCCUCACAUUUCACAGUGUGACGAAGUCUUUAGGUUCUUUGAGGCUCGACCAGAGGACAUUAACCCCCCCAAAGAGGACUAUGGAUCCUCGAAAAGAAAAUCAGUUUGGAUGUCCAAUUUUCCUGAAACUCCCAGGAAGGAAGUUAGAGGUGCUGAUGCUAGCUCCGAACCCAUGAUCCUGGAGCAGUAUGUGGUGGUGUCCAGCUAUGAGAAACAGGAAAACUCUGAGAUCAGCCUUCAGGCUGGGGAAGUCGUGGAUGUAAUAGAGAAAAACGAAAGCGGCUGGUGGUUUGUGAGCACAGCAGAGGAACAGGGCUGGGUCCCUGCCACAUACCUGGAAUCCCAAAAUGGCACUAGAGACGAUUCUGAAAUUAACACAUCCAAAGCUGGGGAAGUUUCUAAGCGACGCAAGGCUCAUCUGAGGCGCCUGGACCGGCGAUGGACGCUGGGCGGGAUAGUCAACAGGCAGCAGAGUCGAGAAGAGAAAUAUGUCACAAUCCAACCGUACACCAGCCAAGGGAAGGACGAGAUUGGGUUUGAAAAAGGGGUCACCGUGGAGGUCAUCCAGAAGAACCUGGAAGGAUGGUGGUACAUAAGACAUCUAGGUAAAGAAGGCUGGGCCCCAGCAUCGUAUCUGAAGAAGGCUAAAGAUGAUCUUCCCUCUAGGAAAAAGAACUUAACUGGGCCAGUGGAAAUUAUAGGCAACAUCAUGGAGAUCAGUAACCUACUGAACAAGAAACCCUCCAGUGACAAGGAAACCCAAGCAGACAACGAAAUGGCAGAGUCCCACGUUGCGAAGAAAGAAAUCAGCUUGCCCAUCCUCUGCAACGACUCGAACGGCAAUGCGAUGAUGACCCCCGACAAGCAGGCUUCAAAACUGACUCAGGGAUCUCCUGCUGUAGCGAGGAUUGCACCACAAAGAGCUCAAAUCAGCUCUCCAAAUCUAAGAACUAGGCCUCCACCUCGGAGAGAAUCCAGUCUGGGCUUCCAGUUGCCUAAGCCCCCCGAGCCUCCAUCCGUGGAAGUGGAAUACUACACUAUUGCAGAAUUCCAGUCUUGUAUUUCUGAUGGAAUAAGCUUUCGCGGUGGCCAAAAGGCAGAGGUUAUUGAUAAGAACUCUGGUGGCUGGUGGUAUGUACAGAUUGGAGAGAAAGAAGGGUGGGCUCCAGCGUCAUACAUUGAUAAAAGGAAGAAGCCCAAUUUAAACAGAAGAACUAGUACUCUAACCCGACCCAAGGUCCCUCCUCCAGCCCCUCCCAGUAAACCAAAAGACUCUGAAGAAGGAACAGCUCCUGGGACUGUUUCAUCGGGAGACACCCAGGACUCCCCACAAAAGCUUAAGUAUGAAGAACCAGAGUAUGAUGUACCUGCCUUUGGUUUUGACUCCGAGUCGAAUGAGAGCCAUGGAGAUGAUAGCUCCUUGGAAAAACGUAUGUUUCAGACACACAAGCCGUCCCCUGCCUCAUCCCUGCAGAGAGCGAAGUUCAGAGUUGGCGAGUCUUCCGAAGAUGUUGCCCUCGAAGAAGAGAUCAUCUAUGAAAAUGAGGGAUUCAGACCAUAUGUGGAGGACACUUUGUCAUGUAAAGAAUCUAGUGGAGACUCGGAUUCCCAAAAAAGCUCCUCGCUCGCUCUCAUCAGAAGAAACUCUCCAUGCUCCAAUUCCCCCAAAUCAUCACUCCUGAAGCUUAAAUCGGACAAAAGUGUUCAGCCCGAUCUUGGAAAAUGUCCCUUUUCUAGGAGCGAAGAGACAAAACCCAGAUCCGCCUCAGAUGUUGGCCUACAUAGCAUGCCAAAAGUAAGUGCAAAGAAGGAGUCUGGACUGAGCCCUUCCACCAAAGCAAAGCCCAUGGUCAGACCCAAACCUUUCCUCAAUAAGGCAGAUUCUCAGGGCCAAGAAAUAAUGGAUAUUAGCACUUUAAGGCGUCAGCUGAGGCCAACUGGGCAGCUCAGAGGUGGACUUAAAGGUUCAAAAAGCGAAGAGUGUGAAAGCUCUCCACAAAUAGCUCCUGAGAACCAGGAAGACUCCCUUAGAAGAAGCUCAGCAGAUCUCAUUACAUCUCCCUCCCAUUCCAUUUUCUGCUCUAACCAUCCAGCCAAGACCGAGCAAGAGAACGAUGCAAAAUGUUUCUAUGUGACCACUGACUCUUACCAGAAGGUUCAGGAUUCUGAACUCUGCUUCCCAGCAGGAGUGGAAGUGGAAGUGCUGGAAAAGCAAGCCAGUGGGUGGUGGUACAUGAAGUAUGGAGAUAUGGAAGGGUGGGCUCCUUCCCACUACCUGGUACUUGCCGAUAACCAACAACGAGAAACCUCAGCCACAGAGACUGACCUCUCGCUGCCCAGGAACAGAAGAAAUGAAAGCAAGUCCAAUAGCUUGGAGAAGAUAGAGAAAAGAGUUCAGGCUUUGAACACCAUCAACCAGAGCAAAAAAGCAACGCCCCCCAUCCCAAGCAAACCCCCUGGCGGCUUUUCCAAAACUUCAGGGUCUGUGAAAAUGAGGAAUGGGGUGAGACAAUUAGCAGUGAGGCCACAGUCUGUGUUCGUCUCCCCACCCCCGAAGGAUAAUAAUUUGCCAUGCUCCUUGCGCAGGAAUGAAUCCUUAAAUACUACAGACCACCUAAGGGCUGUCCGCCGGAACUCCUCUUUCAGCAGUGCGCGGUCACAGCCCGGUGACUUGAAGACCAAGCAGGCUGAUCAACUGGGCAUGGAGGGAUUGGAGACAGUCUCCAAUCUGUCCACCCAACGCAAUGGAAUUCCAGUGUCCACGGUUCGGCCAAAGCCCAUUGAAAAAUCCCAGUUCAUCCACAACAAUCUCAAGGAUCUCUAUGUUUCCAUUGCAGACUAUGAAGGGGAUGAGGAAACAGCAGGGUUUCAGGAAGGUGUCUGCAUGGAAGUCCUGGAGAGAAACCCAAAUGGUUGGUGGUACUGUCAGAUCAUGGAUGGUGGGAAACCGUUUAAAGGCUGGGUGCCCUCAAAUUAUUUGGAGAAAAAAAAUUAAUGUUGCAAUAUCUCUAAAUUCCCUAAUUUAUACUGUUCCUGCUAGGUACAUCCUGAAGAAAACAUUGGUAUACCCUCAAAAUAAUUUCUGUGCUCUAGUAUGUGCAAAGGGACUGAUUAAGCUGUCCUGACGACAAGAGUGUGCUGCAUUUGCAGAGCUUAAUGGGAUGAACGUGGCCUGAAGGAAAUAAAGAAAAAGAAGAAACAGCAUAGUCAAAUGCCCUUUCUGGGAGGAUGAUGUUGCUAAUCUGUGUAACAGGGUAUGAGAGCCCAUCUUUCCUCUUGUUAAUGGUAGGAAACCAAACGUGUGCCUUUGCGAGAGAUACACAAACUGAUGCCUCCACUUGGGGAAAUCGUUGGGGGGGAGUUUAGUGCCAAACAAUUUAGAAUUGCUGCUUCCUCUCUCCUUCCCCUCAUCUCUGCAUGGAAUAUCCGGAAGUUCUGAAUGUGUGUUCACAACUUUUCACUGUGCAGCGCAAGUGGGAAUUGGAUUCUGAAAUUGAAGCCCUUUCUAGAAGCUCAGAUUUUUUUUCACUCUUCUCAACAGUCAGUUCCAGCGUUGGAGCCUUUUCAUCGUGGAGAGAUUUGGUCUCCAACUUCAUCUGUGUUUUGUCACUAUUACUAAACCUCAGAAAUGAUGUUUAGGAGGGUUGGGUUGGUUUGGUUUGAUUUUUCUUGCUGCCUUUUUUUUUUUUUCCUGUCAACUCUUGAGUUGAGACUCCAGGUAUUCUAAGACUUGUAUGGCUAUCAGGAGCUUGCAAACACAUCACAGAAACAAGACUAUGGACACAAUUUUGUGAACAAUGCUUACUUUAAAGACUCCUUGUUAAGUUCAGUGUGGUGACUCCUGUCAGGAGAUCCAGGUUGAUUAUCUUUCCUGAGUUGGGCUUCUCCAAAUUGUUACCAUUUUUAAAUAUACAAAAUGCCCAAGGCCUCAAAGAAAAGCAAUCAAAUGUGUUACUCCUAUUUUCACUGUCUGAUACAAAUUGGAGCAUGUUCAUAGGACCCAUAAAGUGAUUGCAUUAGAAACAGCCAUAACCGGUUGCAACAUCAGUGUUUACAAAAAAGGCAGAGGGAAAGCCAUUGAACUCAGUCUGCACAAUCUUUAAUUUGUAUAUUUUGGGGGAGUUGUUUUUGUUUUUCCUGUGCAUUCUGGGUUUUUUUAUUGGUUUACCAAAACAUUUUUCUUUCAAUGAAAAUUAUAAUGGGAGUCAAUUUUGCAAUUGGUUUCCCACUUGAAUCCAAAAAGUAUAUUUGUACCGCGAAGAAUGCAUGCAAUUUUCAAGCUCAAAAACUCUAAAAACAAAGCAAUUAGGCAUACAAUGUGACUAACCAAAAAGCUGCCUCUUCUCCCCACCUCUUUUUCUUUCGUGUUAUUUAUAAAUUUAGUGUUUUAGAAAUGUGACACAUGGGGAGGAGGAAGGCCUUGGGAAAAAUAUACAAUCAUUUGGAAAGGACUUGGAUUGUGGAGUUAUUCCUAGGUAGCCAGCUCUUGUACUGUAAGCGUCAGUCGCUAUAAAUCCAUCCUGUAUUUGAGCAAGUCCUGCUUUUAGCAGUUUUUGUUGGUUUCAUUAACCAUUUAAGUGAAGAUCAAUGUCUGGCGGCUUAAGAGGCAGCAUUUUUGGGUUCUGCUUUAAAGGAGAAAAAGUCACGAGUUGUUGUAUUACUUGCCCUUUUUAUUUUCCAGCCAAACUUCAUGCCAGUUAUCAUUUGGCACUGAGAAGGUAAAGGGUAUGAUGAUUUAGUUAGCUGGAACGUGGGUGAGGGUGGGCCCUAAAAUAACACGUACCGAAUGUGUUAUCAGGGGAGUGUUUCACAGCCAAAAAAAAUUACACAAUUUACAAAUUCUUCUUGACUUUUUUUGGAUUUUUUUUUUAACUAAUCACCACAAAAACUUCAAGGGAAAGAUGCCUACAGCUGACAUGAUUGACAUCCCUUUGCUAGCUGAAAAACCAUUACAUUGCAAUCAAAGGCUGCAAAUGGAGCUCUCUUGAAAGUUCUACCCAUGAGAAAUAGUGGGUGAGGUGGGGAGGGUGUUCUACUUGUGUCCAGCGUAAGUCACAAGGGGGAGGUGUAUCUACACGACAGCCCAUAUCAAAAUGUGUAGAGUCCUCUCUACCUUAUGUUUCACUAUAUAUUUGUAUAUAUCCAGUUAACCACGUCGUACUGGAUGUCUGUCUGAGGCGCUGCAGUCCCAUCUCUCAUGCUUCUUCCAUUUUUAGUUGUACUAAUAUGGUAGCAGUCACUAAAGACUGCUGGAGCUGUUGUGAGGUUAUAAUAGAAGUAUUCUAUUCUUCUGCUGGACAGUAUUAAAUAGAGCAAUACAUAGUUAUCUGCUAGAUUGCAGUACUAACAGUAGUAACUUAGUGACUUGUAUAGUGUUGUUUUGAUUUAACAAUAAUGAUGCGGAAGUGGUUCAUUAUUUUGAAUUAAUGCACUUUAACAAUAAAAAAACCAAAAUGGAAGUCAACACAGUGAACUAAGUGCAUUAUUUAAAGGUGCAGUAUAUAAUUGUUCAUUUUUUAAAAGCACAUAUUUAUUAAAAUUAAUUUAUAAUUAUUUAAAAAUAUGCUAAAGUUUUGCUUUGACAGCACUUUUCAUGAGGUCAUCUCCCGAGGAGGCAAAAAAUACAGCUCCCAAUACUUCUGCAUUGAGCCACUGAACUUGCAAAAUACGGAACAGCGUGAAUUUGUGCUCUUGCUGAGAGAGCCAUGCUUCUGAUCAGAAAGAAAACCAUUUAGGAAUAUUCCCAUUGUAUCCAACAGAAAAAAUAAAAGGCCACAGAUACAAGAAAUCGGAGUGGGGGUGACCUCUGGUGGGGUAAUUGGAGCCUGCAAUGGGGCUGACUUGAUAUAAUCCUCCUGCAUGUUUGGGGGUCGGGUAGCUUUGAACACCUCCGAGACUGGGUUCUGGAAUCAGAAUUGCUCAAACCCCACUGUGACCUACUUGGUCCUGCCAGGAUCAAGCCUUUGCAAUCGGGGCCAUUAUUAAACUUUGUAACAUCAUUUGUCCCCCAUCCCUCUCCACCUGCCAGUCCAUGAAAUAUUUCCCCUACACCUUAAACCAGUAGGUUGCUUGUUCAGCCCUGAUUGAGGGACUUGGUUUAAUCUGUCUGUGUGACAUUGUGCGCAGCCAGUUCUCAACAACACAGUUGGCUGCAGCAUAGAAUGACUUGCAGCAGCAAGGUACAAAAGAACAUCAGUAAGUGCCUGCAAAUGCUGGUUUCUUGCAGGGAUUUUCUCGCCAGUUAGUUCUGCUCACCAGCCAUUGAUUACUCCUGUGAAGCUUCUUUCAGAUUUCAAAGAAGGAAACAGAGCUGAGAAGUUCGGCCCCUUUGUAACUCAGCCUCUUCCCCAUUAAAAAAAAAAAAAAUACACGCGUAUGCCCGACAGAAUGCAAAGUGACAAUAAAUGCAUUUGAUUUUAAAUGAGACUUGGAGAAAUGAAACGGAACUACAUGAAUGUCAGAUCCAGAUUACCUGCUAUUCAGCAAUGUUCAGAUCUAGGCUUCACUUGAAUGGGGUGGUGGUAUCAUAAUGUUUUUACAAAAGCAGCAACAUUAGUCUAUGUACUGUUGUUGCCAAACCAACUUCUCUCCCCCUCCCUCCCACUUAAAAAACACUGGACCUGAAAGAAAUUAGAGAUGAUGUUGAGUUUUAUUUUUGAUGACAGCACUUUUUUUUGUGUAGUCAAAUUCACUGUUUCCCUAUGUAGCCAGCUGUUUCCCCCUCUUGGUUGUUAAGAUCUUGCACAAAGUGACAGAGGAAACUCUCCCCCCGCCCCGACACAUCCCAAAAAAAUAAGAGAAUUGGAUUGCAAAAGAACAAAAAAAUGGCAGGACAACUGAGGAGAAGAUGAGGGAAGAGUUAAUGGCCCUUUAUUUUAACUGAAUUAGCCAAAACUGACACGAACGAUUUUUAAAUGUAUGUAUGAACCUCACUUGAUAGCAGCACAUAUAUAAAUCGGUGGUGGUGGGUGUUUUGUUUUGUUUUUGUUUUUUAACUGGAAACAAGUAAAAGAAAUUUGGAGAGCUACUGAAGUAUUUUGUGGAGUCAGAGUGCCCUCUUGUGGUCAAAGGAGAUGGGUGCUGCCAUUCUAUUGGGCUAAAUAAUUGCUUUGAUCCAGCCAUGCUUUCCAAAAAGUAAAAUGUGCCCAUUGAACCUGCAAAAGUCCAAGAUGCAUUUCAGUGAUACCAAAUUCCAAAUUCAAAAAUGUGAAAUUGUCUUGCUGUAUACUGCAACUUUAAUAAUAAUGAGCACUUCUGAGUUCGUUAUUGAGGUUUAUAUAAUGCCUGAAAAGUUUUCUUAAUCCAGAAAAGAACCUUUCCAAAUUAACUUUUUAAAAAUUUCUUAGCCUUAAAAACUUCUUAGCCUUAAUCACUUGAAGAUGGUUCCUAUUAAUUGGCUUAACCUUUAUGCCUUGCGAAAUAUGCAUUUUAAUAUACCUGUGUAUCAAUUACUAUACUUUGUAAAAUCCAAUUGUAUUGCAAAAAGACAUUAAGCAUACACUAUCUGGUACGGAUGUGUGUUCAUAUGUACUGAUUGCAAGUUUUCUUUUUUUAAAAAGUAUAUUAUGGUUUGAAUUUUUAGCAAGGACUGGAUAACUAAAGUUUAACUUUUGCUCAUAGUUGAAUGUUAUAAAUGGAAUUACUCCACAUUUACACAGGUGUAGCUAAAAUAAUAAUUUUGUCUUCAAAAGAUUCUUUCUUUAGUAAUGCUGUAAAUCUUGACGAAGGCGUUAUAUAAUUGUUUUAAUCACUUUCAGAUCUUAGUGCAUCAUAUGUUAUUGUAAUAUAUAUUCAUUGCUUUCCUCAGUUAAAGAAAAAAGUUACUGCUUUUAUUAUUUAGAAGAAACACAAGGGAAUUUGGUAAAGCAUUAUUUUCAUAUUACUAGUAUUAACAGAGUUAGAAUGUGUACUGUUUUUUGUUUUUUUUAAUUUUAGACCUUUUCAAGUACCUUGUUAAUUCGUAUUUUGCUAUGUUGUAUCUUACUAAUGGUUUUGUUACUUCCCCCCCCAAAAUAUUCUGCAUUCUCAAGAAAAAAAAUCCAAUGAGUGGAUAAGUGCAAUAUUCACAGAAUAAACAGGCUCCUCAGCCGGGACUUGGAGUGAAGCGCACAGUGUGAAACAUCUGUAAUUAUUUUCAAGACAUGCACUCCUAAGAAAAUGUUGGCGGAAUGGGAAGGCCACGGGUCAGUUUGAAGGAAACACAACUCUGGUGCAUAUGGAUUGUUGACUGUUGGUUUUUUUAUAGAAUGACUGUUUCAUAAGCAAAACACCUAUUAGCAAAAAUGCAGGGAUUAUACAUGCAUGUUGUAAGAGCCAUGCAUGGAAUAAGCAAAAAUGCCCUUAAUGCGUAAAAUCAGUACUGCCCUUUACGCAAUUACGCAUUAUUCUUGUAUCAUCGAUACAUAAUCGUCUUCUUUCAGUACAUAAUUUUCCAGCAAACUUCUCAUUCUAAAUUUUCAUAGUCUGAAGUUUAGCUAGGCAUUAAAACUUUUUAUCCUUUAGGUUUCAAUAGCAUCCUGUCCUUUGUUUAUUAAUAGGGCCACGUAACUUGCAAAAUAUUCUUCAACCUUCAUUUUUUGUCAAACCAGUUUUGUCAAAAUAAUUCACUAGUCUCUCUGUGGAGACUUAUUUGUGAAAUUUCUGAAGGCGUUGCCUUGAAACAAUGGGAAAGGUCACAUUUUGAUUUCAUAUUCUGAUGUGCAAAAAUAACAUCCGUUUUGUCAAAUGAAUGAUUUUGGAUCUGAAAUGUUGACAUUCUUGAAUUGGGAAAUUUCAAAAAAAGUUUUCAAUCCAGGGGACUACUUUGAGUGGAAAACGAAUUCCUUUUCACCCCAAAUAGCUCUAGUUUCCAAUAAACUACAAAAUCUCAUACCCUUCCAAAACCUGUAUAAUUUUCACCUUGUUCAAAUGAACUAUAAACUGGAGCUUCGGGCUUCCAGAUGUCAUUGAACAUUUCACCUUGCCCAGGCUAAUGUACUUAGGAAAAUUGCACUGCAACUCAAUCCUCCUUUCUCUUCCACCCGCGUUCACUGUUGCCCUGCGGUUACUUAGUCUUUUCAGAAACUUGUGCUAUUGUAGGCAAGUCCUUUGCAUUUAAACAGCAAAACUGAGCACGUCUGAUGGUCUUCUUCUGAACUCCUAUAAGGAUUUUAUUUCCGGAAAGGAACAAAGAGCCUAAUGGAGUAACCUCAUUUCAGUUUGCAGGGAGAGGUCUUGAAUCUCUUUUCAUGCUUUCCAAAUAUUAAGAGGAACUCCACUAACACCCAUGCAAGUUACUCUGAAGUAAAGCCAGUAUCAUGACGAGUUAGGCCCUGAGCGCACAGCCUGAAGGUUACUCUAACCUGGGUGGGGAUAUCUUGAGUUCAGAUAUCCUUCCCCAGAUCUUCAAAGCAAAAGAGACUGAUUUGAAAAGUGCUAACGUGACCUACUAUGACCCCCUUCACAGGUGGUUGUACUUAACACUUUAAUAUCAAGCGGAGUUCUGCUGCUAGUGGCUGGUAUCCCACAAACCAGCUCUCCCCUUAAAGAGCCAGGAAAUUGUCUGUCUGCUGGGGGAAGGGUUGCUGUAUAUAACUUCAGCAUUUAAGUUACAGAUUGUUUGCUCUGAGAGCAAAUGUGUGUCUGUGUAAAUUAUUUUAUGGUUUUGUUUCUGGUGGUGGCCGAGAGAUCAACAAGGCAGCUAUGUUGGAGAGCUGUGACUUGUUUUUAAACAUUUCAUGGCCCUAGCGUCCAUGUCCCAGUGCCUACGUUUCUCAGUCCAUUCAUACAUCUCAGUUUUGUUUUAAUUAUAAUCUCCGAUCAAGUACUGUACACGGGGCCUGAUCCUAAGUCCUCUGAAGCUCAUGAGUCUUUUCAUCCACUUCAGAAGCUUUGGAGGCAGGUCUCUAAUUUGCUGUUUCUUCACCUCCUCAGACCCAACUUGUAACCAAAUCCCGAGACUUCCGUAGAAACCUGCAUCUGAAAUUACAAACUUAGAUCCCUCGCUUUUUUGGAGGGGAUGAUGUAAAUGGGGUGUGUGUGUAUGUAUGGGUGCAUGUUGUGGUUGGGAAAUUGUUUUCACUAAUAUCCUCACUGUGGGAGCCCAAGUUCUGAUUUUCUUUCUGGAGGAAAAUUCCUGUUGAAAUAAAAAGCUGACCCAUGGGUAAUUUUCCCAUGGGGACUAUUGGGUCAGGCUCAAUACACUCAUAGGCAGAAUAAAUUAGUCGCUUCCAUUUUAGAGUCACGAGGCUGGGCUGGUCCCACACAGUGUGUUCAUAGUUUGUUCUUGCAUUCAGGUAGCUUUAAUUAUCAUUGGAGAGUGCAAUUUAAAUACACUUUGGUUUAAAGCUUCACACUGGCGUUUUACAGACCUGUCCUUUUGCAGCAUAAGCCACUGCUGUCCUGUGUUGAGACUCCUGUUUGUUACUGAAUCGAAACAAGGGUUGGGAGGGUGGGGAUGGGGGGAAAGAGAAUAAGAAGGAAAAUUUGGUAAGACAAAAGAGGUAACUGGAUGACGGGAGAAGAGGUGAUUAGAUAAAGGUAAAAUUUGAACUGGGAUGUUUCUUCUUAAGGCCAUAAAUUAUUGGGUUUGACACUGCAGGUGCUUUUGCUAUGUUUUUUUUUUUUUUAAACUCUGUCAUUGCUCCGUGUUAGUCAGUAUAUUUUAUUAUUGCCCAAUCACACAGCUUGAUAAAAUGACAACUUCCAUCCUGAUGUUCAUGAUCGGCUGAGGUAAGACAAACAUGGUGUUCAUUUGUUUUUAAUCAAGGAGCCUGGUGCGUGUGGGAGACCUUGACACUGUCUAGGAUCAUCAGAAGGUCAAAGCUGGCCAAGUCUUUUCCUGAUCCACUUAGAGCAACCCUUAUCCAAGCAGUCCCACUUUGUAUGUUGUGAAAUAGCCUGUUGCUAGUGACACUACUGGGAAACGUAUGAGGUUUUUAUACCUUGUACACUAUUAUUUUGCUCUUCUGAUACUUUUUGUAACCAGCUAAGCCCCUCUCUCUGCUUCUCUUGUUCUUUUCUUCCCCUAGAGUCAGGAGUGGGCAAACCAGCUGGUAUUUGUUAAGUUCCAGAGAUUUCCAAAAGGUUAAGUUUGUAACAUUUGCAGUUAAUGUUCAGUUUCACCAAAUAUUUCAUCUGUAGCUGUAAGGCCUAGACUUCUACAGAUCAGUGUAAUCUAUAAACUCUAAACCCUUCAAGUGUGACCAAUUAUGUUCUGAAUCUAGACCUUGUGACAUUCAAGUAGGGUCAAGUUCUUCCAUCCCUAGAAGCAGUCUUCUUCCUGAACCAAAAAAGAAUUCUCAUUCUCACAAUACAAUUUAAUGAUUGGAAUAAAAUAGGACUGUUGAAAAAGGAGAAUGAAAAACAAUAGAUAAACACAAAAUGACCGGAAAAAAUGGUUGCCAGUGAAGGAAAAUGUCAGAAAAGGACCAAGUUUCUAAUUGUUUCCAUUCUCUAGGCAGUUUCUCAGUUCUAGGAGGUACUGGAUAAGCUCACUGAAAAGGGAGGAAAAAUUACUUGUGGUGAAUUUGGGGGGUAAGGAGUAAUUUUGCAAGCCAGGUCUGUCUUCAUUGCACUUGCUUUUUCUGUUCUGGGACUCAGUACAUGAUCCCGCACGCAUGUAACUCAGUUCAGAGUAGCUCCGGUUUGGUUUGUUCUGAAUUUGUCUAAGCGCUCAAUCGUUAACUUCUUGUCAUACAUCAAAAUGCUGUCUCCUUAUUUUACAGUUGUGUAAUUACAAACAGUAUCUGUUUUCCCAUGGAUGGCAGUGUUUUCAAGAGGAUUCUCUAGUUCUCAGGAUUUAAAAUUUUGUAUCUAUCUAAAUGAAUCUCAACAACUUGAUCACUUGCUUGUGUUGCCUUUGAGAAUUAGGUCAGAUUUUUCAAAUGUGGGUCCCUAAAUUCGUGUUUAGCGUGUUUAAGUGGUCCUAUUUUCAAAAGUACUACACAGUCAGUUUCUAGUAAAACCAGUGCCAGCUGUGCGCAGUGAGUAGUUCUGAACAUUGGGAUUUUGAUUUGGGCGCAAAUCAAGGCCAUACAGCACUUUUUAAACACUUCAGCAUUGCCUAUCCAGGUGUAAAAUUUUGUGAGCAUCAAAGUAUGCUGUUCAGACCUCAAUGUAUCAGGCAUCCAGGUUUGAAAAUGUAAAAAGCCCAAACAGUGUGGGACUUGGUUGGAAACACCAUGUUGUGGAUUUUGUAGGUGUCUGUUUUGAAUGGGACCAUAAUUACUGGACACUUACCAUUGCUGUCUACUGGUUUAAGUUUCCCUUGACUGAGAGGUGGGAAUAUUAGCAUCUGAGAGAGAGAGGUUUUUGAGAGAAUGUUGGUGGCAAGCGAUAGAGAAAUGUGUGGCUGGUCUAGGUGAGUGUGUAGGGUUGUCAUUGUUUGUUUGUUUUUUAAUAUGGAAGCCGUUUCAUUUGGGGUUGUGUGGAAGUUGAUGUGGUUUCUGUUGCAGUAUAAAUGAAAGAAGAAUUGAAACUUUUAAAGAGAGGAUGAAGGCGGGAGUUAGUUCAGCUUGUUUUGGGAGCGGUGAAAUAAAGCAGUGAUGGUAUUUACUGAUCAUUCCCAAGAAAGAAAGGGGGGGAAAAAAAGGAGAAACAAUUUUUCAAAAAAAAAAAAAAAAAAA